AUGACGACCGAGGACCGCCCGCCUCUGUGGGCGCCUGGAGACCCCAGCUGGGUGGCUGCAGACCCCGAGGCGACGGAGACUGCGGAGGAAGAAGAACACGGAAAGCGGAAAAGAAACGAACAGGCGGGGGAGGAAGAAGGUGAAGGGAAGGAAAGGGGAGGAACGGGAGACUCGUCCGAGGACGUCUGGUUCAUGCACCGCGACCUCACGCACUGGCUCGUCAACCCGCGAGAGGGCGUCUACUUCAAUCGAACGACCGGCGAGCUCGUGCCCGCCGCAGGGGGAGAAGGCGAAGCUGCGCUUGCUGGAGGCGUCGGCGAAACACAUCCGGGCGGAGAAGGAGGAGAGGAAGAAGAAGAAGGAGAAGAAGAAGAAGGAAGAGAAGGAGAAGAAGAAGAAGGAAGAGAAGGAGAAGAAGAAGAAGGAAGAGAAGAAGAAGAAGGGGGAGACGAAGAAGAAGAGGAAGAUGAAGACAUUGAUCUAGACCUCGAAACGGACGUGGUUGCGGGGACAGCAGAACGGAAGGGAAGCGCAGAGGGGAAAGUGGAGAUUGAAGACCGGCACGUCACCAAAGUUCCCCUGCCCGUCCAGGUGGUCACCGGAGACGCGAACGCCCUCUGCUACUACACAGCGAUAUUUGACGGGCAUGAUGGAUCUAGCUGUGCUCAGUACGCGACGGUUCACCUCCACAAAAACCUCAUCAGCCUGUACAGGCAGAUUUACAGUACCGUGCAAAGACGACGUCAAGAGCUCGAGGCGCGCGAGGAGGCACGCGAGCGUGGAGCGAAGAAGAGACAGAAGCGACCGAGCAACUUCUCGCUGCUGCUCCAGCAACUGAACGACGGACUGCCGUGCACUCGUCGAGAAGAAAAGUUCUUGUCUGUUGGACUGGAGGCUCUUGUGAAAGCGACGGCAAAGAGUUUCUUCAUGACUGAUCACAACUUCCUAGACCAUGCACAAAAAGCUGGCGUCGAACAAGACGCCGGCAGCACUGCGUGCGUCGUGCUGCUCUUUGGGCCCGAUGACGACGGCCAGUUGAAGCUCCUCACUGCGCAUGCAGGCGACACGCGGGCGGUUCUUUGUCGGGACGACCGAGCUCUCCGUCUCACCGAGGACCACCGCCCCAAUGAUAAAUUCGAGAAGCGAAGGAUUCAACAAAAUGGAGGCGAGGUGAUGAACAUCGAAGGCAUUUGGCGAGUCGUCUUCGUUGACCGCAAGACGAACCGGCUGUUUGGUCUGGCGACGUCGCGAGCUCUGGGCGACCGACGGAUGAAAAUCCCCAAGAAACUUGUCUCGUGUCAGCCGAGUCUUCAUGUCUAUGCAAUCAACUUCGAAACGGACCUCUUCAUGGUCCUCGCGUCGGAUGGUAUUUGGGACGUUCUCUCUGACGAAGAAGUCGUCGCGAUUGUGUCGGAGCAUCUGGACAAACCGCCGCAAGAAGCUGCGCGGGUUGUCAUCGACGAGGCUGUGAAGCGCGGCAGUGAAGACGACAAGACGUGCACAGUGGUCUACUUCAAGUGGCGACGAGAUCGCUUUCAGGACGCCGCCGCGGAGGCGCAGACUCCAGGCGCAGCCUGCGAAGGCGCGAGACGAGAGACAGGAGACACCCUGGAGGGAGACGCCCGCAAAGAAGCCAACGAAGGAGAAAGCGAGGGAGGAAGCGAGGGAGACAGGCACACUGCGGCAGAGAACGAGGGCUGCUCGAGACGUGCGCGGCAACGCGGAGACGAGGCGUCCGACACGUCUCAGAGCGGAGCAAGCGAGAGGAAGAGAAGGAAACUGCGAACGCAGCCGGGCACGAGUUCUCGCCCCGAAGGUCCAGAGAGCGACACAGGAGAGGGAGAAGACAACGGAGAGGGAGAAGGCCGAGGAGACUCGCGGUCUGGAGGGGGCGAGCCGCAUGCAGAGAGUGGAGAGGGAGAGGAAGCACCAGGGCGGGCACGCGGAGAAGGACGAACGGAGACGGAGGGCGACUCUUUCAAGGCCGGUCGCGGGUUGGAGGAUAUCGGUCUCCUCUCAAGCAGCAAUGUGUACGAGAGGAUCCGCAGGGAAAGAGAAGAGCGCGCGGAGAAGGAGGAAGAAGUCGCCGAGGAAGAGGAAGAUCUCGACAUUUUUUCAGCCGAGCUCCAGCUACACUGCAGGGGAAGACAAGAACGGAGCGGCAGCGAGGAGCAAGGGAAGAAGGGAAAAAAGAAGAGAGGAGUGAGAAGAGAGCAGGCGGCACUGGCCAAGAACGGGCAACCUGUUGGCGAGGAGAGUGACACCAAACUGCAAAGACAAGGGAGAAAGGGGAAGCGCAAAAAGGAGACGGCGGAGACAGGCAGAGGCCUCGCACAGAGGACAGAAGGUGUGGACGUGAGGGAACGCCGACGGGAGUAG